ACAACCCACACUACACCAGUUGACUGGCUUCAAGGGCAGGGUAAGCAAGACCAAGGCCGAGAAAAUGACCAACGCGCUGGCUUACUGGGCGGCUCUCGACUGCAGACCCAUUGCUGUGGUAGAAGAUAAGGGGCUGUCUCAGCGUGAGGAUGCCCUAAAUCACAGAUUUCUACAAGUGGCUACAGCACUCGACCCUCGCUUUAAGGACCUAAAGUGUCUACCAAGAGGAGAGCGAGGAGAGGUGUGGACCAGCAUUGAGGCACUGGUGCAACAACAACCAGGCAGAGCCACUCCGGAACGCACAGAGGAGCCAGCAAGGAAGAGGAGCCUCCUGCUGUAUAAUUCCGACUCUGAAUCAGAGGAUGAAGAUGGGCCCAAAGGAGCCUUGGCCCGCUACAAGGCAGAGCCUACCAUCAGUGAAAGAGACUGCCCACUGCAGUGGUGGUCCACUCAUGAGAGAGCCCAUCCACAGCUCUCUGUCCUGGCCCGCAAGUAUCUAGGCAGCCCUGCCACUUCGGUACCCUGCGAAAGAUUAUUCUCCCUGGCAGGUAAUAUAGUUCAAAAGAAGAGGGCAGCCCUGAGCUCCGAAAAUGUGAACAGGCUAGUAUGUCUCAGCAACUGGCUGAAAGAGAGGAAGUAAUCAGUUAAAUGUGUAUCCUUUGGCCAGUUGCGUUUCAAAUGGGAAAAAUUGGAGGUCAAUCACUGUCACUUUAUGUUGAACUGAACUGUCUGAAUGGCCAAUGUUAUAAAGAGUUGGACUGAAUUUCAUUUAAUUUCUGACUUAUUUUUGUAAACAGUUGAACUGUUGAUAAAUCCACGAAUUGUGUUAAAGCCUCAGAGGCUUUUUGUUCUGAAUGUA